AGGAAAAGAGCGGCUUGCUUCCUGCCUUGGAGUGCCCGCUCAGGAAGCUGCACAGUUUCUGGAGAUGUUUUUGCAGAAGUACAAAAAGAUCAAGGACUUUGCCCAAGCGACCAUUGCUCAGUGUCACCAAACAGGCUAUGUGACAUCCAUCAUGGGCAGAAGGCGGCCUCUGCCGAGGAUCCACGCACGGGACCAGCAGCUCCGGGCCCAAGCAGAGCGCCAGGCUGUGAACUUUGUGGUGCAAGGCUCGGCCGCAGACCUCUGUAAGAUGGCGAUGAUCCGCAUCUUCACUGCAGUCGCCACGUCGCCCUCCUUGACAGCCAGGCUGGUGGCCCAGAUCCAUGAUGAGCUGCUGUUUGAGGUGCAGGACGCGCAGGUCCCCGAGUUUGCAGCUCUCGUCAGAGCAUCCAUGGAAUCCUUGCCACAGGCGCAGGCACUGCAACUCCAGCUGCAGGUGCCCUUGAAGGUGAACCUGAGAGUUGGCCGCUCAUGGGGACACCUGGCACCACUGCAGGAGGCCCUGGACCCCAGGCUCAGCUCGUCACCCUGACUGUCAGCAACAACACCUGCCCCCAGCGUAGGCAUGUUUCAUUUUGUCUGUAGCCCUGGGCAACAGUGGGAGGAGAGAACUGGUUUCCAUCAGCCCAUCCUUGUGUGGCCUCCCCCAAGGUCACCAGCUCUAAGAUUUGCACAGACCAUGUCAACCCUUUGGGCCCAGAGCUGCCCGGAAGUAAAUUCCUGAAGCCAUC